AAUGCGAUAAUAUCAUCAUUCUAAAACUAUAUAUUGCUCUCUGCUUCUUCAUGAUGACCCACGCACUCUCAAUUACAAAUCCAUCUUAUCAAUUCACAAUUUGUUUCAAGUUGAUGGAUCCAUCAAUAAACCAUUUUCAAGCGUCCACCUCUUUUUUCCUUAUGAUUCUUCUCUCAUUCUUCAACUUGCAGGGUCUUAACUUGCUUUGUUUAGCAACAGCAAGCCCUCUAGUUAGAGGAAAUGACACUGAUCAACAAGCUUUACUCCAGUUGAAAGCCAAGAUAACUGGUGAUCAACUCAACAUUAUGGAGUCCUGGAAUAGCUCCAUUCACUUCUGCCAAUGGAUCGGUGUUACAUGCGGUCGCAAGCAUCCAAGAGUCACCAAGUUGAAACUUCGAGUCCUCAAACUCUCUGGAUCAUUGUCACCCUACAUUGGAAACUUGAGCUUCCUCAGGGAGUUGGAUCUUGCGGGCAACAGCUUCUACAACCAAAUUCCUCGAGAAAUCGGUGGUUUAAGAAGACUGGGAGCAUUAGACCUCUCCAACAACUCCAUCAAUGGUGAAAUUCCUUCUAAUUUAUCUGCUUGUUCUAAGCUUAUAUUAGUUGAUAUGUCGAACAACCAGCUAACGGGAGAAAUACCUUCUUUGCUGGGUCUCUUGUCAAACCUGAAAAACUUGGUUUUUUUUAACAACAGUUUGAGAGGGAAUAUCCCACCUUCACUGGGGAACUUGUCAUCCCUGGAGAAACUUGGUUUGACGUAUAAUGCAUUAAGUGGGAUUAUACCUGAAGCUCUUGGAGAACUGAGAAAUCUCCGGUUUUUUGGCUGUGCCGGAAAUGCAAUCUCUGGUAUUAUUCCUGUCACAAUGUUCAAUCUGUCUAAUAUUAGAGACUUUGAUAUUGGUAUAAACAAGAUUCGAGGCACUCUUCAUUCUGAUUUAGAAAUCAAUAUGCCUCAUGUUGAGUUCUUUUCUGUAUGGGGAAACCAUAUCUCUGGACAAAUUCCAAAUUCAUUAUUCAAUGCCACAUAUCUUGAAUUUCUUCAACUUGAUAAAAACAGAUUCACUGGAAAUGUUCCUUCAUUAGAAAAGCUAGAUAAACUGUUUAACCUUGCACUAGGAGGAAACCAUUUGGGACAACGAAGAGAAGGUGAUUUGAACUUUCUUUGCACUUUAGUCAACAAUACCAAACUAGGAUUUGUAAAUGUCGCCGAAAAUAAUUUUGGAGGGGAAUUUCCUGAAUGCAUUAGCAAUUUUUCUAGCAACCUUCGGGGUUUAGGAAUGGGUGGGAACAACAUUUGGGGAAGAAUCCCGGAUAGGAUAGGAAAUCUCAUCAAUUUGGAGGUGAUUUCGGUCUCAAUAAAUCAACUAUCAGGUCCCAUUCCCUUUAAUAUUGGGAGCCUUCAAAAGCUAAAACAAUUUUCCGCUGACAAUAAUGGUCUCUCUGGGACUAUUCCCCACUCCAUUGGAAAUUUAAUAGCGUUAACCGAACUUGAUUUAAGUUCUAACAAUCUUCAGGGCAGCAUUCCUUCAGGUCUAGGUAAUUGCAAAAAUUUGAUUCUAAUGGAUCUUUCUUAUAAUAAUCUUAGUGGACCAAUACCCUCCGAAAUACUAGGACUAUCAUCCUUGUCCAUUGUACUAAGCUUAUCGUCAAACUCUUUGACUGGUGAGCUUGCUGUUGAAGUAGAAAAACUGAAAAAUCUAGGUACAUUGGGUGUUUCUCACAACAGGUUAUCUGGUUUGCUUCCAAAAAACCUAGGUAGUUGUGUAAGUCUAGAGAAGUUGUUCUUGGAAGGCAAUUUGUUUGAAGGACCCAUUCCAUCAUCUUUGAGUUCAUUGAGAGGUCUUGAGGCAUUGGACUUAUCUGACAAUAAUCUUUCCAGUGGGAUUCCGGAAUUUCUUGAGCGAUUUGGGGCAUUAACGUACCUAAAUCUCUCUUUCAAUGAUUUUGAAGGAGUAAUACCAAGUGAAGGAGUAUUUAAGAAUGCAAGUGCUACAUUUAUUGAGGGAAAUAGUAAGCUUUGUGGAGGCAUCCCUGAGUUACACUUGUCAAGGUGCAACUCCAAAACAUCAGCAAACACUUCCCUUAAAUUGAAGAUCGCAAUAAUUGUUGUGAUUUCAGGAGUGACUUUAGUAUUCUCUAUUUUCCUCAUCAUUUGGUUUAGAAAGAAAAAGGAGCAGAAGCCAACGACCACUCUUGUAGAAAAUUCUCUUUUACAGUUAUCAUACCAAAGCAUCCUAAGGGCUACUAACGGAUUCUCCCCUCAGAAUUUAGUUGGUUCGGGAAGUUUCGGAUCUGUAUACAAGGGAAUUAUUGAAGCGAAUGGGGCAGUUAUUGCAGUAAAGGUGUUUAAUCUUCUAAAUCAUAGAGCUUCCAGGAGUUUCUUGGUUGAAUGCGAGGCUUUGAAGAACAUUCGUCAUCGUAAUCUUGUCAAGGUAUUAACAGCCAUUUCCAGUAUUGAUUAUAAAGGCAAUGAUUUUAAAGCCUUGGUGUAUGAGUUCAUGGAAAAUGGAAGCUUGGAAGAUUGGCUACAUCCAUCUGUUGGCAUGAAUAAACCAGAGACGAUGAGAAACCUAAACUUCUUUCAAAGAUUUAAUGUGGCCAUAGAUGUUGCUAAUGCACUCGAAUAUCUGCACCAUCGUUGUGAGACGCCGAUCAUUCAUUGUGACCUCAAGCCAAGCAAUGUUUUACUCGAUGGGGAAAUGGUUGGUCAUAUAAGUGACUUCGGCUUAGCAAAAAUCCUUUCUGGAGAUAAGCCUAACUUUUCUACUAAUGAAUCAAGCUCCGUUGGAUUAAGAGGAACUAUCGGCUAUGCUCCACCUGAAUAUGGCAUGGGAAGUGAGUUAUCAAGAAAUGGCGAUGUGUAUAGCUAUGGCAUCCUCUUGUUAGAGAUGUUAACAGGGAAAAGGCCAACGAAUGAAAGGUUUACAGAAGGUUUAAGUCUUCACAACUUUGUCAAAACAGCUUUGCCCGAUCGAGUGGUUGAGAUUAUAGAUCCCAUUCUUCUUCAAGAAAGUGUCAGAGGAGGAAUAGUUGCGGACAUCACUCUUAAUGAAAACAACUUAGGAAAUGACAUACAUCUUCAGUGCUUGAAUUCAAUAUUCGAAAUAGGACUCACUUGUUCUACUGAAUCACCGAGUGAGAGGAUGGACAUGAGUAAUGUUAUUACCAAGCUUUGUUCGAUUAGAGAGAAGUUUCUUCGUCCAACUCGGUUACGUCGUGGUGUUUGAACUUUGUAAGCUACUCAGUCAGCAGUUGCAGGUAUCUAAGGUGUUGUAUGGAUGAACUUCAAAGAGGCUUAAGUCCGAUAAAGUGCUUGAUGUUCUCCAAGAAAAUAGAAGAAAAAUGGAGUUCUUUUUCUUGUUUUCUACCAAUAGUUUUCAGUGUAAUGUGUAUAAAAAUACUUCGUUUUUGUCUUCGCAUCAUAACUCAUAAGCUACUAGAUUGUGAUGAAGUCAGACUAUAAAUAACAAUGUUGAAUUUUGUCUUUGCAUCUUAACUCAUAAGCUAGUAGAUUAUGAUGAAGUCAGACUUUAAAUAACAGUGUUGGAUUUUAACUUUGCAUCUUAUUGUAUCAGUCAUGGUAUUGAACAUGUUAGUCAUUGGCUGUUCAUAGGAA